UUCAUACGAAUUCGAAGAACGCAAACGAGCGGACGUGUGUGUCGGAAAGAAAUAUAUAAACGACGGAAGGCAAUUUGUGCUUCGACAGAGAAACGGAAAAGUUAAAAGAGCAAAUAUAAGCUAAAUAUAAUAAAUAGAAGCAAAAGCAAACAAAAAUUUCCAAUUUACAUAAAAGUGCAAGUGUGUCGACUUAAAUUCAAGAAUAGCAAAAAAAUAUACUACUAGCUAAAUAAAAUAAAGGAAAAAUCUAAUAAGCAAAAGAAACAAAUUCGUAAAACGAGUGCGAGAGAAAAAUGUGACAAAAAGUAAGCGCGACUACAACGAAUUUAAGCGAAUUAACAUAACAUGUAAAUGCGGAGCAAAAGGAACGAACAAGUGCCUUUUACACAACAACAGCAACUACCAACACCAAACCCCGACUGCUACUAACCAACAACCACGCAUUUCGUGUAAAGUAAAAAAUAAAUAAAUAAUUUUAAACAAAUUAAUUAGAGAACAUACGCUAUAAGUAAACUAAGUGUUUGAGCAACCAAGUGGGGAUGAACUCAUUGUCUAACUUCAAGCUCCGGAGAUAGACGCGCUUCUGUUGCAUUCAAGCAGUCAGAUAGUGGAUUACUAGACAGCAAAACAAAAAAAAAUAUAUGUAUAUAUAAAUAAUAUAUUUACAUAUGUACGUGAGUAUAUGUAAGUGUAUAACUAACCUAAACGUCAGCAAGCCAAGUUAUUAGUUUGGAAUUUCGGCCAAGAAAGACACAGCAAGUGUAAUUGCAGAGAGUUAAAUGAGAGAGAGAUUGAGAAAAAAUAAAACAAAGUUUGAAGCUGACAAAAAUUGAGCUUAGAAAAAGCUAAGUGCAAGUUAAAAAAAAAAUUGAAACUAAAGAAUCUUUGAAAAACGCGUCAGAAUUAAAGAAAGCAGUUUUUCGAAAAUAACACAGUGUGCUUAGAGCCCAAAAAAACAAGCAAGUGCUUUAGAAUUUCUGCGAACCCCACCCCCUCACCACCUUAACCGCGCGCCAGUGACAAGUAAGCGUGAGUUUUCAGCAAAUUUUUUCUUUGCCAAAACUUUUGAACCUUAAACAGUUUUCCUAUUCGUCGCCCAAAGUGCGCUUAUAUCAAACACAUAAACAAACUAACAUACAUACAUGUAUGAAUUAUCUAAUAGCCCAGCGGCGGUAAAAGCAAUAACAACACCAACAACUGCAUAGUUACAGCAAAACAAUAAUAAUAGCAACAACAGCAGCAGCGUAUAAAUAAUUUUUAAAACUUAUACGGAAAAACAGCAACAACACAAACACAGCGAGCAAAUCAACAGCAGCAAGCAGAUAACACAGGCGAAGCAAAAAGCAAAACACUGUUAAUUUACGUGCAAACAAACAUACAUACCAACAUACAAACGUACGUGUAUAUGUAGAGACAACGCGGCGUACAGCAGAGAGAGGCAUAGCGCUCACAACUUGUCUACACAGCCACAUACAUUUGAUUUUGUGAUUCACUACGCUGUCGCUGCCUGCGUCGCAGCAGCCAAUAAUAAUAAUAACAAUAACAACAAGCACCACAUACACACAAACAGCAAUCAGAAGCGACUAACGUGUGUCGUGCGGCAGUCGAGUGUGUGUGCGAGCGUGACAGCAAGAGCGUGAGUCAUAAAAGUGAAAUGAAAAUGCGGGUAAAGAGAGAAUCACCGCUGCUCGUGCUGAGAUUUAGGACAAUCAACAGCAGAAAUGAUUGUAAACGAUCGACAAUUUGCGAUACACACGGCACAGCUUCGGCACCUGAGGCAAUGCCAACAGAAGACUGCAACGAGGAUUGGUCCUCAACGGCGCCGCAAACUGGCAAUCGUUCGCCAUUGAUGAGAAGCUGCUCUACACCAGCUGUUUAUGAUAUUGAAACCCAUCCCGCGUCACCAGUUUUCCCCCAUUUACUAUUGGGCAACGGCAAAGAUGCCAGCGAUCCGAGUAGUGUGGGCGCCAAUUGUGUUUUGAAUGUUACCUGCCAAGCACCCAGUUCAGGUCCAGCGCCGGGACUUAAAUAUAAACAGAUACCUGCCAGUGAUACGCCACAUCAAAAUAUCAAACAAUAUUUUCAGGAAGCCUACGAUUUUAUUGAGGAAGCACGCAAAACCGGCUCCCGCGUACUGCUGCAUUGCCAUGCGGGCAUAUCGCGCAGCGCCACCAUUGCCAUCGCCUACGUCAUGCGCUACAAAUCACUAUCACUAUUCGAGGCCUACAAGCUGGUGAAGGGCGCGCGACCCAUCAUCUCACCCAACCUCAACUUCAUGGGUCAACUGCUCGAAUUGGAACAAAAUUUGCGCAUGAGCGGCGUGCUGAAGCCCGUUUCGCCAGCCGCCACCACACCCACAACACCAACGUCUAGUCAAGUCGAAUUUACCAGCAGCAGCAGCAGCAGCAGCAGUAACGACAACAACAACACAAACGCCAAUGCUGAGGAUGUGGACGAAACCGAUGCCGCGCUAUUGCGCAAACGGCCAGGCGAUGCUAAGCGCAAAUUCUGCGCCAACGAUGAAGAUGCCGCUGACGAUUUAUUCGAGGAUGCGCGCAGCACGCUCAGCAGUCACAGCAGCAAUGCUAGCAGCAGUAGUAAUUGCACAAAUAGUCAAGCAAUGCGACUGACGUGGCCACCGCCCACCGGUGCACCUGCCGUACUGCUAUCACCCUGCACCUCGAACGAAGCAUCCUGCUCAUCAUCAGUCUCAUCCUCCUCAUUGUCCGCCUCCUCGUACGCUUCAUCGUCCGCUUCGACGCCGACCUCACCGUCAACUGCGCUGGCCAACACACAAUCGCCUUUCCUCAGCUACACACCGAACAACAUGCCGAAACGCCAUUCACCCGCCAAACUGCGUCUCAACUUACGUUCCACCUUUGCACCCAUACGACAGUCACAAUCGUGCAUGUCGAUACGCGAAGUGGCCGACGAAUCGUUGCCCGCAGCCACAACGAACACGACGGGCCUGACGAUAGCGGCGUCAGCCAGCAGCAAUCACAGCAUACCAUCGUCGCCGGUGGCAAUGGAUCAGGAGAACAAUGUGGUGAUGGCAAUGUCCACCAGCGAUUAAGUGCGCUAACUCUAAUAUACACGUAUACGCAUACACAUAUACAUAGACAACAAUAAGGAUUCACUAGUUAUACUAUGUGUAUAGUACAUAUUAAGCGUACAGUUUAAAAACUAAACUAAAUUCAAAAAAAAAUUGCAAAGCGACGUAAAAGGAAAAAAAUAUUACCCACAACCACCACGGAGACAACUAGGCGAGCACUUUGAGAAAAGCUGUGAAUAAUUUUUAAGUGUACAAUUUAACGAGCGUACCUAACGAUUACAUACUAAGUGCAUACAUAUGUACAGCGUUGUACAUAUAUAAGUACAAUAUAAGUAUACUAGCAUACCGAUCGAAGCGACACCACGCCUACUAUUACUACGUAAAUACUGCGAGUACAUUGAAAUUAAAUAUCUUAAAUUUAUAAAUUAUUAAAAAAAAAGCGGCACAUUUACAAUAAGAAACACAAGUACAUAUGUACAUAUAUGGCUAUGUAUGUGUAGUUAAAGAAAAUUGUUAUUUGAAAUUGAAAAUUUAUAUACAAUGCCGUGUAUAUUAUACACAAUAGUCGAUAUUUCAUAACCCGAACAACAACCAAACAAGCAUAUUCCCAUGCGAAAUUGACAAAAUUGUGUAACAAAUAUUUUCUUUUUGAAAAAUAUUGUAACUUUUUACCUUUUGACCUAAUUGUAUGUACAUACAUAUGUACAUAUAUAAACGAAAAAUAUUGAAAUAAACGCAAAUGAAGUAAAGUUGCAGAUGCAUUUGCCCUCCUUAAGGGCUUUCACACACACCCACACAUAUAUGUAUUUAAUAUAUAAAACAAAUUAUAACAAUGAAAAACUAUUUAUUUAUAUUAUUUGAACGAUUUAAAACAAUAAAACGCUUAUUUAUGGACAUUUUGAAAACAGCUUGUAACUAAAAAACACGAAAUUUGUGCUGAGCAAAAUGCUUUCGGGUGUCUAAAAAACAUUUCUCUUGUAAAUAUUAUAAGCGAAAAGUUUAAAUUGCAAAUGUUGCCACCUGUUUUGCAUAAUAUGCAUAUAAUAUAUUUUCUUUUUGAGUUUAAAUUAUGUUAACUAGUAAAUUUAUUUUUAUUUCUUUAUUUAUAAAAUUCCCUACAACAAGCCGCUAAGUCAUCGGGUUUACUUAUGUAACAUGUAAGUUUAUGUUUUUACUCUUUGACAAGCUACAAACAAUGGACUAUUUUGAAAAAUUAAAAACUUAAAACUUAUGUCUAUGUAAUUAAAAACGUAAUAAUUGAUUUUGUGGUAAAUUAU